AUGACUACAAUUAGAAGAAUCGUUUCACGUUGGGCGAGGGUAUGGAGAGAGAAUCGUCAUCGGAUUGUCGGAUUUCCAGCUCGAUUCCAUGCUCGCUAUGGCGAUGAGAUGUACUACAACAGUAAUCACACCUGCCAACUGAGUAUUAUACUGACUGGAGCUGCAUUUUUGCACAAGCGUAUUGAUCGGGUGCCGUUGUCGUUCAUCGUUCCAGUCGCCUGUGGUCGUCGUGGUGGUGGCGUCUCGUCGUCGCACCAAGCGGCAGCUAGACAUGAAUACUAA